ACGCGUCGCCUUCGUGACGCGGAAGAGCGUCUGCUUGUAUCUGCCUGGUACCACCUGGGUUUGCGUCUUGAUCGCGAGGCUGCAGAUCAACGCAUCCGCGGAAACCUUCCCAGGGGUCAAAAUUUGGCCAUGGGUCCUAGUUUGGACUUAACUCAUGACCCGGCAGUAACAACGACUGACAAAACGAUUCCAUCCAGUGGAAUUGAUGGUUCUCAGGGUGCCGAUUACAAUAUCGGCUACGGUCCAGAUAUUUCAUUUAUCUCUAUGCAACGACGUACCCAUCUCCGGCAUUCGUACCGGCCUACUUCUCAAGCCCCUCCAUCCUUGCCGCUGUCUUCAUCCUCCUUGGCCGGACAUAAAACGACCGACUCUAAAUUGGCCCCUUGUCGAUAA